GUGCAGCACCGGCCGAGUGUUUACAUUUGAACUUCUGCGUGUGUGCAGAGAUGUCCACCCUGUUCCCGUCUCUGUUCCCGCGUGUGACCGAGUCUCUGUGGUUUAAUCUGGACCGACCGUGUGUGGAUGAAGCAGAGCUGCACCAGCAGGAGCAACAGCACCAGACCUGGUUACAGAACAUCGCAGAGAAGGACAAUAACCUGAUGCCCAUCGGUCGGCCCAUCUUUGAGACCUUCGAUGAGGAAGAGGAGGAGGACGAUGAAGAUGAGGAGGACAGCGAGGAAGACUCAGAAGAUGAUGAAGACACAGUCGACAUGGAAGGAGCCGAUCAAGACCAGGACCAGUGGAUGAUCUAG